AUGGCUCAAAAAGAUGUUCAUCAUCAGAAAAAUAAGCAUUCAAGAAUAGAUCAAAAGACAGCAUUGUACUACAAGGCCGGCGCCACACACCAACAAAGAAGCAGCAGCAAAUGCUUCGUGUUCGUUUUGGCUGCCUUUGUGUUCUUCUGUGCAACUCUGUUGGUUUUCGCAUCCAUAGUCCGUUUCAGAAACCCACAGGUCAAACUCACGUCAGCUACGUUGACUCAAAUCCGUUACAAUAACCCUACUUCUUCAUUGCCUUCCUUAUUCAACGCCACCCUCCUCACCCAUCUCACCAUCACGAAUCCCAACUACGGUGGCUUCAGUUACGAGAAUGGCGAGGUGAGUGUGGUCUACGGCGGCUUAAGAAUCGGUGACAUAGCACGCGUACGCAGCGACACAGUGAAGGCAAGAAAAAGCAAAGAAAUGAAUGUUACCAUGAAAGUGAGGUCUCCUAAUAAUGUAACACUGCUUUCUGGGAAUCAUUCAGGGACGUUGAAUCUCACAAGUUAUGCAAGAUUCAAUGGCACUGUUCGAUUGCUUAAGAUCAUCAAGAAGAGAAACACCAUAGAAAUGGCUUGCGUUAUCAAUCUCAACUUCACCUCUCACCAAAUUAAGGCGAUCCAUUGUUAA